CAGCACCCACGUCUCUCUGUCUGCUGAACCUGCUUUCCUUUCCAGGCCUCAGAGCCCCCCGGAAUGAUUCCAUGCAUUCAUUUUCCAUUUAUUCAUUGCCCUGGAAGGCUCAUGAGGCCAGACGUCUCUGUUGCCAGCCCACAGUGUAAUCUGUUGCAUGAACAAAUCAGUUCUUGUACGAUUACAAUAAGGCAGAGCUGGUGAACUUUCUGUAAAGGGCAGAGAGUAAGUAUCUCAGGCUUUGCAGCCACACGGUCUCACUCACAAAGACUCAGCGCUGUCGGGGAAAAGCAGCCUUAGACACACUAAAUGCAAGGACGUAUCUGUGCCCCAGAGAACUUCCUCACACACAAGCAGCAGGACAGACUUGUCUCACAGACGGCAGUUUGCAGACUCCUGCUUCAAUGUUUUCCUGUGCGAAAUAAAAACUCAAAAUACAUGACGGCCUCAAAGUCUUCAUUGACGGCAUGAGAUAAAAAGGAAUAAAAGGGUACAGCACUCUGAGUGGAUCCUGGGGUGCUCUGUGCACAGCGAUGGCCUGGAGAAACACCACGAACCCCACGGGAAGGCAAACCAGAGCAUCCUGUUUGCAGGAGGAACUGGCCUCAAAGCCAAACUAAUUUAUGGUGGAGAACAGCACAGGAGAGUGCGUCCCAGGAUAACAAGAUGCUGGGGAAGCACGAUGGCAGCAGCCACGAGGAAGUGAACAGCUGUGCUUCUGUGUCGCUGGGACGCCCACCGCCCGGGUAUAAAGGCCCCCGGGGAGGCAGCCUCCUCCUGACACCAGCCCAUCCCCACGACACCAUGUGCCACACCAGCUGCCCCUCGGGCUGCCAGGCCGCCUGCCGCGUGCCCAGCUCCUGCCAGCCGUCCUGCUGCGCGUCCAGCCCCUGCCAGGCAACCGGCAUGCCCGUGAGCUACAAGCCAGUUGUAUACGUGCCCGUGAGCUGCAAGCCAGUUGUAUACGUGCCCGUGAGCCACAAGCCUGCCGUGUGCCUGCCCACGAGCUACAAGCCUGUGUGCGUGGCCUCCACCUGCCACUCCUCCGUGUGCUGCCAGCCCUCCCGCCCCGCCCUGCUCUGCAGACCCGCCCCCUGUAGCACCCCUUCCUGUUUGUGAUCACGCGCCUCCUCCCAGCUGCUCCCACUGCAGACGGGGUCACACCUGUACCCCUCCCGGCAUGAGUCCUCGGUGGGCCUCCAGGUUCUGCACGUGGCAGGCGACAAGCACGCUCAGCCAACCCUCUGAACUCGGGCGAGGAGAUGGCAGGAUGAUCUGGACCCUUCUGUGAGCUGGCGCAUCCCCCCUGGGAAGCCCUGGUCCCCAGGGUCCUCCUCUGUCUCCAGCAGGAAACCACGCCCCACGUGAGCCACAUAAAUCAUGCUUUCUCAAUGCAGCCUGUCCCCCUGUUUUAGCUUCACAUAUUUUUGAAGUUUCCUUCCUGAA